ACACACACACACACACACACACACACACACACACACACACACACACACACACACAGAGCAUGAGAAGGGCCGUUGGUGUUGUGGUGUGCUGCUGGUGUGCGCUGGCUGCUAUCGCAACAGCGUCCACCACCACACCAACCACGAUCACAACAACAGUUGCAAUGAACAUGACUAAGCCAAGGCUGCCACAAGCGUCAGUAUCAUCGUCAACAACAUCCAGUCGCCCAGACCGCUUGUCCCCAGCCACACUUCCACAAACCACUCUCCCACCUACGCCGACAAUGGCAAUCACAAGCGCGACCACAACGAUGAGUGCAACGACAUCGUCGACAUCCACCACGAUGACCCAGGGCAACAAUGUUGCGAGCAGUGUUGCCCCAGCACCUUCGAUGCCCAGCAUGACCACACCUGGGGCAUCGUCAUCAACAACAACAACGACGACAGACACGCCAUCAGUGUGCCCCUCGCUUUCGCUGCUCAACUGCUACAGCCGCCCCUUCUGCACGUACGACGUUGCCGCGCAAGCGUGCAGGCCCAGCACAUGCACGGAUCUGUUCAACGAGCAGGACUGCGUGGCGUUUGGCGGCUGCACGUACUUCAGCGACGCUUUGUACUGUGCUGAGGAAGGAGACGAACCGCCGUGCAAUGCAUACGCCAGCGAGAGCGUUUGUCCCACAGACCGCUGCUCCUACGACACGGGCGCCAACACCUGCGUGGACACGGGCGUGUCCGCGCCAUGCCAUCUCUACUUUGACGAGGCCGCCUGCACAGGCGCCGACGGCAACUGCACCUGGUACACCGGGGAUCAGGGUGACCAAGGCCAGUGCGCCGAUGCCGGCCUGCAACCACCGUGCGGGCUCUUCUCAGCGGCCGCUUGCCCCACGGAUUACUGCGAGGUGUCGCUCUUCAACACGUGUCAGCCAAAGACGACGGAAAGCACCCGCGAUGGCGCGGUCACGCCUGUUCCCGUCAGCACCAGCGUCUCAACGACUUCAAACGGCGCAAGCACAGUCACAGAGACGACGACUGCGGUGGGGACGCUGGCUGGUCAGACGACGCGCACCACAACCAGCACCACAACCAGCACGACAAGAGUGAUUCCCACGACUGGGGACAUGUUCACGUCUCCAACAACAACAACAACAACGGGGACGACGACGACAUCCGAGGCACUGACACCGACGGCAGGCACGCCAAGUAUGCAAACGACCGUGUCACCACAAACGCAAGUGACAACAACAAGCACUGCGAUUCCCACGACUGGUGAUAUGUUCACAUCUUCAACGACCACGCCGACAACCACAACCACCAGGGAUGCAUCAGCUACCACCACAAGGACAACCACAUCGAUGGGCAUGGGCACCACGACGUCCACCACGACAACAAGCACAACAAGCACAACAAGCACAACAAGCACAACAACCAUUGCGGCCUCAACAGCUGCUGUCACUACCACAGGCGCAACAACAACCACCACGACCACAACGUCAACCACAAUAACCAUAGCUACAACCUCAACCAGCACCACAACUACCACAACAACUACCACAACCACCACAACCACCACCACAACCACCACCACAACCACCACCACAACCACCACCACAACCACAACAACUACCACAACCACCACAACAACUACCACAACCACCACCACAACUACAACCACGACGACGCUGCUGCCAAAGCAGUCAACGACCACAACCACGACAACGAUGCUCGAGUGCACAGUGUUGCCGCAACUGACGGCUGCUCGUGUUGUUGCCAGGUGCCCAUUCACACAGCCCGGUGCUCGCUGCCUGCUUGGAUGCGAGGAUGGCUACAAGCAGGCGGUCGGGGAGGGCGAAAUGUCUGCCGUAUGCCUGCCGACGGGACAGUGGGCAGUGGUCGCUGAACCGACGUGCGAGCCCGUGCUGUGCCCAGCUGUUGGCGAUGCGUUUGCGGACGUCUCGUCAGAUACACGUCUCAGCGCCGCGUGCAGCGAGGGCAACCGCUACAACUCCACGUGCGUGUUUGAGUGUGCAGCUGGAUACGUGUUGGAAGGAACCGUCGCAUCAACGACGUGUGGGCGUGACGGCACAUGGUCGUCCCAGGCGCUGGCGUCGCUUGCCUGCGAGCAAGUGCUGUGCCCCAUUCGCGUACCAGCGCUUCCGGCUGGACUCGUGCAGAUUCAGGACUGCUAUGGCACUGUAGUCGACCAGAGCGUGUGCGGUCCAAGGCACUUCCGCUGUGAGGCAGGUCACACUCUUGUUGGAACGCCAUCGUACGCCUGCGACCAGGACGGGCAGUGGGAAGUUGCAAGUGUGGCCCAGUGCGUGGCGGGGUGUGGUCAAGAUGAGUACAUUGAUGCGGCAAAGCUUGGGUGCCAGCCACUCACGGUGUGCAUCGAUGGUUAUGAGGUCACCCCUCCCACGGCCACCACCGACAGAGUGUGUGGCGCCAUCACCGCGUGUGUUGAUGGUGAAUAUGAGGACAUGCCACCGACACCAACAUCCAAUCGCCAGUGUGCACCCGUGUCACCGCCGUGCACCACCGGCCAAUAUGAGAGCGCUCCGCCCUCACGCAAUUCCGAUCGGCAGUGCGUCGACUGCGAGCCAUGCGAGCGGGGAGUGUCCUUCCGGACGGUCGGCACAUGCAAUGGAGGGCCGUUGCCUGCAGGCAGCGUGAAGCAGUGUACUUACUGCACCAUUUGUGGGCCGCGUGAGUAUGCGGCUGCUGAGGGAAUGUUUGCGCCACGGUUCUGCUCGCUGGUGGAGGACACGACAUGCAUGGCUGUUCGCUCCUGUCCCAUUGGCGAUGCGCUACUUGGGCUGGAGACCAAGGCACCGACCGCAACCAGCGACCGCGAGUGUGGACCCCUGCCUGCCGCCACCGCCCUCCCCACGGUAGAUCGCAUUUGGGCUCGUGGCGCCCUUGUCAUUGGCGGUGUUGAUGAGGAGAACGCGCGCACGGGCUUUGGAUACUGGGAUGAACUCUUCACAGAGGUGCUGACGUCUGGCGUGCGUGAUACGCUGAGCGACUUCCCGGACGUUCGCAUAACAAUCAUCUCUCUUGCUUCUGAUGGCACACAGCAGCCAUCCUCCCUUGUCCUCACAUACCUCGUGGAUGUGCAACGGCGCUCGUCGUUCACUGUUGAUGGUGAGGCCGUGGCCGACACCAAGGCGAAAUACCAGACGCGCGCACUGCGCGCUGUGCUGAGCAAUACGGCUGCUCUUACAGCCAACCUUCAGCGCAGUAGCAUCGUACACGACGCCGUGUUUGCUCGCAACGUGACGGUGUCUGGUGUUGCUGCAGCGAGCAGUACGCUUGGUUCCGUGGGCAUGAUCACAGACGAGUCUUCAUCCAGUGACAACACGGUACCCCUUGUCGCUCUCGGUGUGGUGCUCGCUGCAGCCAUCAUCGUCAUCAUCGCCACAAUCCUCUACAUUCGCAGAAAGCAAGGCUCUGCGGACAUGUCUCUUGGCAGUCUUGAGCAGCACACGAUGGUUGCGCUGUCGCAUCAACCACGCAACACGAGUCUGCUCAUGGACCAGCGCGGACAGGCGUGCCAGGCGAUGGAGAUGGAGGGGGCACGGGGUCGCCGUGUCACGUUCCUCGGGCCCUCUGUUGACGAUUACAGCGUGGAGGAUUACACCAGCACCGAUUUCGCCACCGCUGGCACCGCCAACUACACACACAAAGACGGGCCCUCCACAGCCAUGUGAAGAGGAAGAUGUCAUGUCAACGGCAUGGCAUGAGCGUGUCGGUGUGCUUUCUUGUGCUCGGCGUGUGUGUGUGUGUGUGCGUGUGUGUGUGUGUGUGUGUGUGUGCUGCUUUCCUGCGUACGUAUGUGCACGCUUGUGCGUUGUGUGAGCGUUCGUGCACGUGCUUGUUCUUUUGUUGUGUGCUGCCUUGAUUGUGCCUGUGUCUGCACGUGUGGAUGUACAAACGCAUGUGUGUUGCGUUGGGAUUGUCGUGUUGUCACACAUGUUGCUCGUUGGUGCUGUUGUUUAUUGUGAAUCAGAGAGAGGGAGGAGGGGAGGGGGAUGGUGCCAUUGAAGGGGAGAGGAAGAGAGGCAUAUGAGGCCCAGUGGCGGUGAUGCUACAGCAAUUAAACAUCAACCAAAGCAGCCGGAGCAAAGCCCCCAUGUUGUCUGUCCUCGUC